UCGGUCUAGCCUGAAAAAUUACACGAAAAGAUACGGGAUGUUCCGAUUCCACGGUUCCUUGAUUACGGAGGUCGUAAAAGCGCAAAACCGGAUGUUAUUAGAGCUGUGGGUAGCGGCAAGAUCUCAAUGCGGUGUACGAUGUGAGGCAAUUGGGACCCGACCCCUUCGGAUCUGGUGCGAAAAAGUACUGUCAUUUAAAGUGAGACGAGUUUAGACAGCUGUCGGCGGUUUCAAUCUGCGAUGCUCGUUGACCGGAAAUUUCCGAGUCCCAAGCUUAUCUGUAUCAAAACACCUAAGGCAUUAUCAACGUACCAUCAUCUUUAUUUCUAUUGUGUAUGAACGCAGUACAGGAGCACUACGGUUCAGUGACGCUGCCUAAUUGUUGCUGAGAUUCAGAGAUUUAUGUAGUGAUACAUAACAGGCAAUAAUCAGUUUCUCCGAAAGAAUUACAAGAAUAAGCUGUUUGAAUAUAGUGCUUAACGUCGCGUCGCGGCCACGUUGGUAGCGCGUUGAUGAGCCGAAUGUUGCUGAGCUUUUCUCUCCGUUCUUGACUGAUAGAUAUUGGAGAGAGAGGGUGAAGCUCAGAGCUGUGGUAAUUCCGACGCACCUAACAGUGUCUCCAUACAUACAUACGAAUGUGUAACAUGCACAACAGAGAGAGAGGAUGAGAUAGCAGGAGAGGAUUGGAUCUGAUGCAGUGCCCCUUCCCGAGCCAGAUUUUAUGCUUCAAAAAGGUAAAUGACACCCAUACCAGUUCAGAACUGUCACCUGGUUUUCUCCAAUACGGAAAAUUAGUUGAUGGAACAAAGGAGGUCAUUGGGCUCAAAGCAAAGGUACGGAAUAGAACAGAGAAUUCGACACUCUUUCUUCUUGCCAACCCAUUUAUCAAAGUAAAAAAAGAUUGCCCUGCGUAUAUCAGCAAAUGUGAGGAUUUCAGAGAAUAUCAUCUGGCCUACGACAUAACAGUGGGUGCCGAUGAAAACGAGCGAUACAUCUUUGCCAAAAUAUUUACCGGCUGUUACUAUUUUGUACUUAGAACUAAAAGUGGUAAAAUUCGAAGUUCUGCACCCUACUUUCAAAAUACAAGCUAUCACUUCUACGAUACAAGGUUGAGAAUAUUUUUGGGAGAGGACUACAUGCCUGACAAUAUAAUCGAGGAACCAAAACUGACGAAUUUCAUCCAUGUACCAAAUACGUGUUUCCGGCUACGAGCAAAAUUAUUUAUGCUUGACCGACUUGAAAGAGCAAAUGUAAAUCCAACCGAUGAAAUUGAAGAAGGCAGAAUUUCUGCAACUCAAGAUUGCACAUUGAUAUCGACUGGCUCCAAUAAUUGUACCAUUUCACCUUUGACUACAAACGUCAGAUUUGAAGCCAGUACCGAAGUCGAUGAAAAUGGCGAUGGUUGGGAAGCUGUAAUUACGUGGACACAUUUGAAAAGAGGUGGUGCCUAUUAUUGUGUCAAGUUCACACAGUACAAUGAUACCUGUGACAUGAAAUAUGCUGAUUUGAUGACAUGGGUACCAUCUGACAAUAUCAUAACGUGCAAUCUUGUUCAUCAUAACGAGUCGAACAAUCACAAUGGUAAUGGGCCAGAUGCCGAUUGGGGGACGGAUUGGAAGCUUAUUCAGAACGUGUUUUUGGUAUUAGUUGGUCUGGCUGUGAUAGCAACAUUGAUCUAUUGGAUGUGGAAAUAUCGGGAGCUCAUUUUCUCAGAUCGAGUUCUAUCGAAUUUCAACCUUGGUGUGGAUCAUAUCGAACCGGAAGACUACAGGCUACCAUAUGAUAAAAAAGAAUCUAAUCAAAUUUUGUUAAUCUAUGCAAAGGAAUCAGAGCCAUUCAUGAAAACAAUGAAAAUUUUCAAAAACCGUUUGCAACAGGGAUGUGGCUGCCAUGUUCACGACUUGUAUUCGGUGGACGAAUUUGAUGAGAUUGCAAAACUUGGCGGAUCUGGAUGGGUUGAAGAUAGAUUGAGAGAUGGCUGCAAAGUGGUUUGGGUUGACACCCCGAAAUUUAGAUCCCAAUCAAAUAGGAACAAGAUGAGUAAAGAAGACCAAACAAAGUAUCCUGAGGAGGAUGACUUUCGUGCUGCUAUAAUACCAUAUGCAAUUACUAUAGCAACGAGUCUUUUUCAAAAUGCUACCACUCAAUAUCGCCGCCACUUUGUUGUUCGAAUGACAGGCUUCGAAGUUGAAGAUGGGCCCAAUGAUCCACUUUUAACGGUUUCACCGUACACUCGCUACUGGAUACCUGUGCAUUUUAGUCUACUGUGUCAUGAUUUAAUCAGUCAAAGAAGUUAAAUGAUUUGGGGGACAAUAAGUCUGCACUGACUGUAACUAGAAAUAUAACUGCCACUCCGCAGUAUAUAUCAACCCACUGCAACGCCUUACAUCUAGCCAUUGAUUUGUAUAACUGGAAAAACGGUUAGUCACGAAAAAAUGAUAGAUUAUGUACCUCCGUUUCUAACAGCUACAGUUGGAAUGACUACGAUAUAAGUAUUUUACCAAUGAUACAUUUCGCCCUUUGUUAAUUUUAGUGAAGUGGGAAACAACUUUGUUAUUUUAAGAUGCAGUUUCUGUUAUGGUGUGAUUUUUUUGUUUUCCCACUUCUUAUGCCAUAGGAUACUGAUUCACUGUAUUAUAGAUUUGUAAGUUUUAGAUGAAUCUGGAGAAGAUGACGCAACUUUAGUUGAGCUGAUAUUUGGUUGACCUAAGAGUUUUUUGAUUACUUUUCACAAAAUGUAUGAAUGUACGUACGUUCAUUAUCCUCAAGACUGCCGGAAAUCUAGUACACUGACGCGAAUAAAAAUCAAAAAUAUUUUAUAAAAUAAACGAAGAAACACUGCUCUUGCGA